CCUGCCGAGAGAGAGAAGAGAAGGGAGAGGGAGGAGAGAAGGAAGGAGGAGGAGAGGGAGAGAUUUUUAUUCCUUCGGCAAUGGACGGCGCCGUUUCGGGGCGACUCGUUGGUUCGGAGAUUCAUGGAUUCCGCACAUUGGACGAUUUGGAUGUUGUCACCAUGUGGGAGGAGGCUAGAACACGGUGGCUUCGGCCAAAUGAAAUUCAUGCAGUUCUGUGUAACUACAAAUAUUUCAGCGUAAAUGUCAAGCCAGUGAACUUGCCAAAAAGUGGAACAAUUGUAUUAUUUGACCGUAAGAUGCUGAGGAAUUUCCGGAAAGAUGGCCAUAACUGGAAGAAGAAAAAUGAUGGGAAGACUGUUAAAGAAGCUCAUGAACAUUUAAAAGUUGGUAAUGAAGAAAGGAUACAUGUUUAUUAUGCUCAUGGUCAAGACAAUCCAACUUUUGUUCGUAGGUGUUACUGGCUGCUUGAUAAGAAAUUAGAACAUAUAGUCCUUGUUCAUUAUCGUGAAACGCAAGAGGUUUCUCCAGCCACAUCUGGGAACUCAAAUUCUAGUUCAACCUCAGAUCCAUCAACCCCUUGGUUUUUGACAGAAGAGACUAAUUGUGGAGUUGAUAAUGCAUAUUAUGCACAGGAGAAAGAAUCCCUAGAAUCUGGAGACAGAUUGACGUUAAAAAAUCAUGAACUAAGGCUUCACGAGAUCAAUACACUUGAGUGGGAUGAGCUUCUGGCAAAAAAUGAUGUUAAUUCAGUUCUACCUAAAGCAGGGUUUGUCCAGCAGGGUCAAAUUGCAGUAAAUGGACCCACGAGUGAUGAAAGACAGCUUCCAGCCUAUAAUUUAUCCCCAGAAAAAUCUUCUUUCAGUAAUUCAUUAGUUCCAACUGUUCAGAGUGACAUCCUUCAUUUCGAUCCUCCAGUGAUCACUAGUGCUUCCAUGGACGUUUUGGUCAAUGAUGGUUUGCAAAGUCAGGACAGCUUUGGAAGGUGGAUGGAUUAUAUUAUUGAUGAUUCUCCAGGUUCAAUGAGUGAUCCUACUCUGGAGUCCCCAAUUUCAUCUGUCCAUGAUUCAGUACCUUCUCCAGUGAUAAGUGAUCUCCUAUCUUCUGUGCCAGAGCAAGUAUUUACUAUAAAAGAUGUUUCACCUGCCUGGGCCUAUUCAAAUGAGAAAACAAAGGUUUUUCAUGAACUGUUCCUGAGCUAUUUGAAUGCUGGUCUGUCAUUUUUGUUAUUUCUUCUAGUCGAUCUAUUUUUCUUAUUUGUUUUCAAAUUUGAUAUCGUGCCGAAUGUGCAUGAUCCAGUAGUAAAGACAGAAGAGCUGUUCAAGUGGGAAAAGUUUCAACUUCAGACAAGGCUCUCUUAUUUGCUCUUUUCUACAAAUAAGAGCCUUGACAUUCUAUCCAGUAAGGUGUCACCAAGUUCCUUAAAGGAGGCCAGAAAAUUUGCCCAGAAAACCUCUCACCUUUCUAAUAGUUGGGCAUAUUUGAUGAAGUCAAUUCAAGACAAUCAAACUUCAUUUCCAGAAGCGAAAGAUAUGUUAUUUGAACUUACUUUGAAGAACAGGUUAAAGGAAUGGCUGAUAGAAAGAAUACUUGAAGGCUGUAAAGCCACUGAAUAUGAUGCUCACGGUCAAGGAGUUAUCCAUCUCUGUUCUAUCCUUGGGUAUACAUGGGCUAUUCAUCUAUUCUCUUGGUCUGGCAUAUCAUUAAAUUUUCGUGAUAAGCAUGGAUGGACAGCUCUCCACUGGGCAGCUUUUUAUGGAAGGGAAAAAAUGGUUGCUGUUCUUUUAUCGGCUGGGGCAAAACCAAACUUGGUCACGGACCCAACUUCCAAAAAUCCUGGUGGAUCCACUGCGGCAGAUCUUGCAUCUAAGAAUGGUUAUGAUGGUUUGGCUGCUUUUCUUUCAGAAAAGGCUUUAGUUGCACAGUUCAAGGAUAUGAGUCUAGCUGGGAAUGUUAGUGGCUCUCUUCAGAGCAGCACAACCGAUAAAACAAACACCGAGAACCUCACUGAGGAGGAGCUGUAUUUGAAGGAUACGUUGGCAGCAUACAGGACAGUUGCUGAAGCAGCAUCACGGAUACAGGUUGCAUUCAGAGAGCAUUCACUUAAAGUCCGAACUAAAGCAGUCGAGGCUUCAAGUCCAGAGGAUGAUGCACGGAAUAUAAUUGCAGCAAUGAAGAUUCAACAUGCUUUCCGCAAUUAUGAGACACGUAAAAGGUUGGCAGCUGCUGCCCGCAUCCAACAUAGGUUCCGUACCUGGAAAAUGCGUAGAGAAUUUCUAACCAUGCGUCGUCAGGCUAUCAAAAUCCAGGCUGCUUUCCGAGGUUUUCAAGUGAGGAGGCAGUACCGUAAGAUUCUAUGGUCAGUUGGAGUGGUUGAGAAAGCAAUUCUACGGUGGCGUCUAAAGAGAAGAGGCUUCCGAGGUCUUAGUGUUGACAAGUGCGAAGAUGUAGCAGAUCAGGGUCAGGAAAGUGAUGUAGAGGACUUCUAUAAGACGAGCCAGAAACAAGCGGAAGAGCGUGUUGAGAGAUCUGUUGUGAGUGUACAAGCUAUGUUCCGUUCAAAGAAAGCCCAGGAAGAGUAUCGAAGGAUGAAACUGGCACAUGAUCAAGCAAAGUUGGAAUAUGAAUGCCUUGAAGACUACGAUACUGAUUUGUUGAAACCUCAAGAGUUUCGGUGAGGAAUGGAGUGUAUGGGUGUACCAUAGUGACGGUGGCACUAGAGGGUGCUAAAGACUAGCCUUUUCAUCUUUGUAAAUGCCAGUAUUCAGAUGGAUGGGCACUGUUGACCCUUUCACUCUGCGUUUAAAGUUAUGGAGGGGUUCAAGUUUCAAUGUCAAUACUAUGAGAUUUAUGAGGCUGCAUUUACUAGUUUUAGGUGAUGGAAUUUUCCAAAUGCAGGAAUUUCAAUUUCCAACUCCACGAAGGGAAAUCUUUCCACCGAGCUGAGCAGGUCUGGACAUGGAAAUUUAGGUAUGCAGUUGAAUUCAAGGCCGUAUUUAUCUUCUAGCUAGCUUGCCACUCCACUUCACAGCAUGACCUAUUUGUCAAAUAGCAUUGCAGAAUCGUGGGUUUGCGAGACAGAAUUCUAAGAUGCCUAGACUUUAAAUUCAGAAAUAAUAUCCCGAAAAAAAUUAAAAUAAAAUAAAUCUGACUCUUUACUUCAUGAAUUCAUUAAUGGGUUCAAAUUUAAUUUUGAAAAUUUAGCAGUUAGAAAUAUAUAUGAUGAGCCUGUAGAUUCACCAACCCAACAAGGGCAUGGUAUCAUGAAUUUUCGAUCGUAUGGUAUUUUUGCUACUCUCACUAAAUUGAAAGUUGGAAAAUUUGUUCA